AUGUUGGUGACAGCGUCCAACGAACUGAAGAUUCACCAGUGGCCGGAUGGGAGUCAGGAGGAGCCUUACAGUUUGGGUAUUACCUCGGAUGUGGUGUGCAUCUCGUGGAGCAAGGACAACAACUUUUUGAUCUUCCUGCAGGAAGGAGGGCGACCGGAAAUCCUAAGUUUGAAGGAUAUUGCCAACAUAAAACCAAUUCAUAUUAUAACUGCCAUCGAUAAGGCGACGGUGGCUAUCUUUCAAAGGAAUACGAAAAGGUGCGUGGCUAUUGGGACGGCCGCAGCGACGGUAGCUCUGUACGACACGAAGACUAAAUCUAUUGGUAAAUUGUUCACCGUUUCCGCUCCGGUUACUGGUUUGGACUUCAACGUCGAGGACGAGUAUUUGGCUGUGGCUUGUAGCAACGGGAUGAUAUCUUUCUUCAAUACGUUGGAUGAAAAUGAGACGGGGAAUUUUAAUUUGAACUCUUGUCCAUCGGUGAUCAGGUUCCAUCAAAACGAGAGAAAUUUGUUGGGAGCAGGAUGCAAGGAUGGAACGGUGGCCGUGAUCGAUAUACAUGAGAUUGUACCCAUGUACAUGGUGAAGAUGCAUACAGCCGUUGUGAAUGGUAUCACUUUUACUGCAAAGCAAGAGGUGGUGAUCAGCGUCGGAGAGGAUGACAAAUUCUGCGUUCACGAUAUCAAGCAGAACGUUUGCGUCUUCAGAGGUCAUCUGUCGUUUCCUCUGACCUGCUGCGACGUCAGUCCGGAUGGGAAACACCUGGUGAUUGGCACGAACGUGGGUUCCAUUUUGAUCUACGAAACUAAGAAUUACCUAUCACCGUUGAUGAAUAUCGACACGCACUCGCAGCGCGUCACCUUCGUCCGGUUUUCGCAGAAGAUGCCUGCUCAGCAUAACAUUACGUCGGAACAUUCUAUCGCUGCGGAAAGUUCCAAUCACACUGAGAUCACUGCCAUCGCCAAGGUGCGUGAGGAGAACGAGUUCAAAUCUCUGUACAACAAGUUCAUCAACAACAGCGACGAUGAUACUCUGAAACUUUUACGCGAAGACAUCGUUGCUGAUAUCCAAAAAGAUGCAGAGCAGCUGCACAAUCAGAUGCGCGUCCAUAUGGACAACCUGCAGGAUUUCAUCAAGAAGGAGUUUGAGAAGAUCUCCACGCAGAUGGACGAAAAGUGGGAUCUAUUGAAUCUGAUAUCCGGCAAUUACAAGCAUUCGAUUGAAGCGUCUGAACCGCCCUACGAGAACGAUUGCCCUAUUGUCUUGGAAUAA